CAACGACUAAAAAAAUAAACACCUUGCUCUCCAAACUUCUCCCUAUUGAAAAGAAACCAACUUGUAUAAAUGAACAUUAAACAACUUCCAUUCACCACACAACUCUUUUUUCACUCGUUAUGAAGGGAGAAGGUCGCCAACACGGUAUGGUUAGGACCUGCGGGCUCUUACCAUCCCCAUGGAACCCUAGACCCCAUGCCCGGAUCUUAAACAAGAUCGAUGCGCCCCCGACUGCCGGAUUUUUUACCAAGGUGUCGACGAAACCCACCAACCACUCUAAGUGUGGCAAGCCGUGUACAGAAUGUUACUAUUACGACUCGUACCCGGUUUAUUAUAGUUAUAGAAAUAGAUACAGGAGCAAGAACAAGGGAACCCAGAAGCUUAUCUCACGAGAUUCAGUUUCGGUCUCCAAUCAUAAGUCGCUCACUUGGCGGAUGGUGGACGGGCAAGCCGGCGUGAAUUAUUCUGGGUUUUCUGCGACGGGGAUAUUGAAUGAUCUGGAUAAUCAGUAUGUGGAUGAAGAAGAAGAUGAUGAUGAUGAUGUUGAUGAUAAAUAUGAUGGUCAACGUCAUGACGUUUCAAUGGAACAAUUUUGGCCUGAAACGAGAAGGGAUGAGACCGUAGAAGUUGCAGAAGUUAAUGAUGAUUAUGAAGAGGAGGGUAGUAUUAUGAGUUUCUUUGAUGUGGGUAUGAUUUUUGAGGGAAUUGAGGGAGAUGAAGGUUGGUGUGUGUUGGGAGAUGUGAUUGCAGAUUUAGAUUUGUAAUGUUUUUAUUAUAAUUUAAAUGUGAAUAAUCUACGUUAUUAUUAUGACUGUACAUGUGUUCUAAUCUCUUGAAGAUCAUUGUAUAUAUCCUUUGCCCUUCAA